AGUUACCGCUAAGCCGUUGCUACAGAGAAUACGAAGUCUGUGUCGUUCGAUCGUGCGGUCCAAAAAGACUCCGGUGCAGAAUUAUGGAUUUUCCCUCGUUCUCGUUCAACCUUUCCUUGUGAUGGGCCGAGGCGUGUAGAGGCGCCCCUCUUUGCCCCGAUACCCCGGUAAGUGAGGAUGGUCAGUGUCGCUGCCCUGUGGGAAGCCCGCUCCGUCAUUAUGGCUCGCACACCGCUCAAGCACUCUUUCUCCAUCAACUCCAUCCUUCCGGAGACCGCCCUCGACGCCCCGGCAGACAUCGCGAGGGAAGUCCCCACUCCCAAGGAUGAGCUGCUGAUGGACGACGUCGAAAUGACGACGCCGGAGGACGACGAAGAGGAGGACGUCGACAUCGACGUGACGGGUACCGUUAGCCCCCUGGCUGGGGGCAUGACGGAUUCGGAACCCGACGAAGAGGAAGAAGAGGAAGAGGAGGAGGGAGGCAAGGAGGGCAAAGAGGCCAAGAAGGGCGGAGACGGCGGCGAGAAGAAGGACGGGGACGAGAAGAAGAAACACGAGAAGCCGCCCUUCAGCUACAACGCCCUCAUCAUGAUGGCCAUCCGGUCGUCCCCCGAGAAGAGGCUGACCCUCAACGGCAUCUACGAGUUCAUCAUGAAGAACUUCCCCUACUACCGCGAAAACAAGCAGGGCUGGCAGAACUCCAUCAGGCACAACCUCAGCCUCAACAAAUGCUUCGUCAAGGUGCCCAGGCAUUACGACGACCCGGGCAAAGGCAAUUACUGGAUGCUGGAUCCGUCCGCCGAUGACGUCUUUAUCGGGGGCACCACGGGCAAGCUGAGGCGUCGCUCCACGACGGCCUCCAGGAAUCGAUUGGCUGCCUUUAAACAGUCCCUGCUGGGGCGCUUUGGUUGUUACCCUCCCUUUGGGUUGGCGCCCUACGCAGCGGCAGCGGCAGCAGCGGGAUUGGGCGGCGCGCUCACGCCAGGGACGCUGCCCGUUUCGUUGCCAGGUGCUGCCCUGCCUACCUUGGCAUCCUCACCCCUGUACCAGCAGGCAACAGCAGCUGCUGCAGCAGCGGCGGCAGCGUUGUACCGGGGUUAUCCGCCGUCCUAUUACUCCACAGCCCUCCCCACCAGUCACAAUCCUCUCGCGGGACCUACGCCUCCGUCGGGCUUACCCAAACCAACUGCGAUAACCCCAGGGGCCCCACAUCCGCCCACGUCCUUCAGUGUGGAUCGACUGUUGUCGGACACGCCCGUCAGUGUGCCGCCGCCGACGUCGUCUCUGACGGGCUCUCCCUCCCUCCUCCUCGGGGGCAUCGGAGGUGCCCCGACGAUGUCCCCCUAUGAUAUGUAUCGAACUUCUCUGUUGUCUCAAGCUGGGUUGGGGCACGCCCUCGGCAGCAUGGGCAGUGGCCUCAGUCCUGCUUUACCCAACGCAGCGUCGCUCGGAAUACCCGGUCUGGGCAUGGGUGCACCCAGCAGCCCCGGAAAUAACGCCGGCGCCGUCGUUAGUAGUAGCGGUGGCAGCAGUAGUACCGGUAGCAGUGAAGGAGGCGGCGGGGGAGGGCGCCCCCCGGUCUUCAAACCAGUGACAGUGGUGGCACGCCCAAGCUAGUUGCUGCGGGCACGGGAUGGAUGCCCGAACUUUCCUUCAUUUUGUAAAUAUUGUAUGUAUUAUAAUUAUCAUGGUCUGUUGUGUACAGUCUGCGAGGGGCUGUGUCUGACGCCAAAGUUGUACAGCACAAUGUGUAUAAAAAGGUUAUAAAUUAUAUAUCGUCAAUAAUAAUAAUGAU